UCUCCGCUCCCAUCGGCCGCACUCCGGACCGGGCACCGGGCAUGGGGCGAGCUGAGAGGGGAUAUUCUGGGUAACUGCACCCCGCUGGGGGGCUCAGACACACCCGAUCCGGGCUUACUAGACAGACACUGUACACGGCUAUCACAUUAACAUCCAGCAAACAGGCUACACAACCCCCCCAGCACACAGACUAAAACCUAUAGAAAAACUACAGCAUUGAGAGCCCCCAUCUCACCCUAUAGAAAGCCCACACACUGCACAUUAUACCCCUCACCCUUUAUAUUCUUUAUAGCCCAAAACUCAGUCUACACAGCCUGCAUAUCACCCUGUACACGCUAUAUGUACUUUAAUACUAAAAUAAAUCAUAAAUCACUAAUAGUAAUUAACAGUAAUUUCCUCCCUUUUUUUAUCCCACAUUUCACAUUGCUGAUCAUCACUCAUAUACCUAGACUAUGUAGAAUCCUUACACUCACAUGACCUUAACUCCAUAAACAAUCAAUAUACCUCCAGAUUCCACGCUUUAUAGCUCAGGAACCCCCAGAGAAUUUACACAACCUAAGACUAACAGAGUAUAAUUAGCACAUUUUACACCUCAUCCAUACCAUUCACACUGUCAUUACAACUAACCUCAUAGAUAUUAAACACUAGUCAUCCUAAAUUAUCACUUCCCUGCCAUAGUAUAUAUUUAUAACCAUUAUUUACAUUAAUCCUUGUGCCAUACACUACUUUGCCAUUCCCCAAAACAUCCCUCAGGGCAGCUGUAUUUUAUUUCAUCCUGUUUGGUCUUUCAGAACAGGUCUGUCUUGUUCUGUAACCCAGGAAGUCCAUAAGGGGAAGGGCACAGGACCCAACACAUUUCUGACCUCUCUUGCAACCUUUAUCUUGUAUUCAUUGUCACUUUCAAUCAGCUCUGUAAAGUAGACAUCAAACUUUAGCAGUUUGCUUUUUUCAAAAACCUUUUUUUUUUAGUUUCCCAAUAAUUUUCUUUCUAACAUCUUCUCAUACAGUGACUUAAUGCUUCUUUGACUUUUCCUGCAAUCCAUUAUUGAUUGCUCAACUUUUUCUUCCCAGAGGAAUUGUUCACACAAACACUAUUAACAGUUAUUUUUUUUAUUUUUUUUUAAAGGCCAUUCUUUGGGUCAGGAUGACAUAUUAACUUAAUAGAUCUUACAUUUGUCCUAUUCAAUAGAUAGGGUUUUUCCUCCCACCCCACCCCUCACUGUUUCUUGGUGUAUAGAAUUUUUUUAUUUUAUUUUUUAUUUUUGUGCUGGUAUGGCCAUGGUGUCUGGGGGCUGGGGAGACCCCAACGGCGACACAAAUGGUAUGGGGAAAGGGUAUCCCAGAAAUUCCGAGGAGGAGGAAGCCUCACCUCAGGGUGGAAUGAGUGAUCCUGAGCAGGGGGAUGAAGAACGCCCUGGGAUUCAAGUGGACUGUGUUGUGUGCGGAGAUAAGUCCAGUGGCAAGCAUUAUGGGGUCUUCACCUGUGAGGGCUGCAAAAGUUUCUUUAAAAGAAGUAUCCGAAGGAAUCUCAGUUACACCUGCAGGUCAAAUCGUGACUGCCAGAUAGACCAGCAUCAUCGCAACCAAUGUCAGUACUGCCGUCUGAAGAAGUGUUUCCGAGUGGGCAUGAGGAAAGAAGCUGUACAACGAGGUCGGAUACCACCUGCUCAUUCCAGUGCCAGUCCCACCGGCGUGCCAGGAGGAGGAGAAUAUUUUAAUGGGCAACCAGUUUCUGAACUAAUUUCCCAGCUUCUGCGUGCAGAACCAUACCCAGCCUCUCGUUAUGGGUCCCAGUAUGCUCAACAGGGAAGUGUAAUGGGCAUUGAUAAUAUCUGUGAGCUUGCUGCCCGGCUUCUUUUUAGCACUGUGGAAUGGUCCCGGAACAUUCCCUACUUUCCAGAGCUUGCUAUGGCAGACCAGGUUUCUUUGCUUCGAUUGAGCUGGAGUGAACUGUUUGUGCUGAAUGCAGCACAGUCUGCCUUACCUCUACAUAUGGCACCAUUAUUGGCAGCUGCAGGUUUCCAUGCUUCACCCAUGUCUGCUGACAGGGUGGUGUCCUUCAUGGACCAGAUACGGGUAUUCCAGGAUCAGGUGGAGAAGCUUAACAGACUUCAGGUGGACUCAGCUGAAUAUGCCUGUUUGAAAGCCAUUGCACUCUUCACAUCAGAUGCCUGUGGCCUCACUGAUCCAGCUCACGUGGAGAGUUUACAGGAAAAAGCCCAGGUGGCUCUUACAGAGUAUGUCCGAGCCCAGUAUCCUUCACAGCCUCAGAGAUUUGGACGUCUUUUGCUGCGCUUACCUGCCCUCCGAGCUGUGCCUGCAUCCCUCAUCUCCCAACUGUUUUUCAUGAGGCUUGUUGGAAAAACUCCUAUAGAGACUCUAAUCAGGGACAUGCUUCUGUCUGGCAGCAGCUUCAAUUGGCCAUACUCAUCUGGUCAAUAGCACCAUCUGGUGUUUCAGUGUGAUAUUUUUUUUCUCUGUGGCCACAUAAUAGACAGUGUCUUGGGGCAGCCUUCUGCGCCUCUUCAUUGGACAUGGGGUGUGACUAUCUAUACUGGAUUUAUGAAGGCACUUCCAAGAUGUAUGGGGUAAAGUUAAACCACUUCUCCUGACUUUUUCUCUCAGGCAGUAAUCCACAUGGUACCAUGUUUCAUGGUAACAAAUAAGGCCUGAGAAUAACAUUUGUAAGACAGCGCCUACAUAGGUCAUUGCCUAGAUGCAUGAUUACUUACUUAUACCAUAAGCACUAAAAGAGGUUAAAGCUGUUCCAUUUGAUAUUGUACAGAGCAACCUCAUCACUAACAGUUUCUGUUCACCAAGCAUCUGUGUUAAAGCAAAUUAUAAAUCCACCAAAUUAAUACACUAUUAUGACUAUAUCCUCAAGCUACACCCACUCUACCUCCUAAAUGUCUGUUUUUUUUUGUGUCCAUAAGUGAUAUGAACAUUGCAAAUUACUCUUUAGCAGUUCUACUGUUUUCGUAUUCGUUGGAAGGAGCUCACUGCAUUUGGUCCCAUCAGAGAGAGAGACUUUCUGACCUAUUGUAGCAUUGGAUUUCAUAGUACAACAAAAAGUUAAUUGAGUUGUAAUCCACUUUUAGUGCAUGAAAAAUGUCCUUAUUUUCAACUAAAUGGAUGAGAUAUGUUAAUUGGGGCCAGGGCUCCUUGCUGUUCCCCUUAGCUUUAAAAUCCAAUCCUUCAAAAAUAUUUAAUUUAGAAAUCAAUCAGUAAUAUUAUUUUGUAGAUGAUCAAUUUUCUUUAUUUGCAUAUCAGUUUGGGUAUCUAAUGCUUAACUUUUGGAUAUAAAUAACUGACAGCCAUACUGAUCUUUGCUAAGAACAGAGUUCGGGAAACUUUGGGAUGUUAAAGCAAACUUUAUAAAUUCUACUUUAAAUCUAUUCUAAAUAUAUUGUUACACCUAUAGAACUUAAUAUGUUGUUUUGGUAAAGGAUAUUCCUCUUAAUCCCUUGGUGAUUUUGUCCAUCCUCGUGUUCUUCAACCAUGUAUUGCAACAAACAAAGUGCUCCUAACAAGUUACUGUUGAAAAGAAAACAUCUAACGCCAUAUGCCUUCGAUAUUACGUUAUUGUUUGAAACCAUGUACAAUCCACUUGUAAUUUCCAACACUUUGUUGAACUACAAAUCAUAAGCUUAACAAACAUCAUAGGAUCUGUGGUGGUACAAGAGCAGAACUAUUAGCAUACUAUUAUUUUAAAAAAA